AUGGGCCUCUGUUGUGAGAAGGCCGAGUUCGACUCACUUGCCAACGAGGACAAAGAGACAUCCAACAAAGAGACAGACACAGCCGUUUUAAAAGAUGCUCAAGGAUCUACCGAGCCCGCAGCGACCAAGUUGAAGAAAGGGCCUCGGUUCUGGAUGAUUUUGGUAGCCCUCAGCUUCACAAGUCUGCUUAAUGCGCUGGAAGCAACCAUCACAUCUACCGCCUUGCCUUCUAUCAUCGCGGAUCUGGGUGGGGGUGACUUGUACAUAUGGGCUGUCAAUGGAUAUUUCCUGACGAUGACGGCAUUGCAGCCCCUUUAUGGACAGCUGGCAAAUGUCUUCGGACGUCGGUGGCCAACGAUCGCCGGGACAACGGCUUUUGUUCUAGGCAGCGGUAUUUGCGGCGGAGCUAACAGCAUGACGAUGCUCAUUACCGGCCGUGUGAUUCAAGGAGUCGGAGCAGGCGGCACCAGCGUUCUUGUUGAGAUGAUUAUCUGCGACUUGGUUCCUUUGCGACAACGAGGCAACUACUUUGCCAUCCUCUUCGGCAUGGUUGCUCUCGGCACGGCUCUUGGACCAUUCUUCGGUGGCCUCAUUGUCGACUACGCCACGUGGAGAUGGGUCUUCUACCUCAAUCUUCCUAUUGGCGGUGUCGCAUUGGUACUCCUCUUUACCUUCUUGAAGGUCAGAUGGAACAAGAACGUCAACCUCGCCACCAGACUGUCGUCGAUUGACUGGGCUGGUAAUGUCCUCUUCGUUGCGGCCAUCUGCGCCGUCCUCAUCGCGCUGUCAUGGGCCGGCGCCGUAUAUCCCUGGUCAUCAUACCAUGUCCUUGUUCCUUUGGUGAGUGGCUUGGUGGGCCUAGCGGCCUUUCUCGCAUUUGAAGGUUCGCGUUUCGCUCCUCAGCCAACCAUGCCCCUGCACCUGAUGGCGAAUCGCACGUCGGCCACCGCAUAUAUCCUCACCUUAUUGCACAGCAUAGUCACCAUGUGGUCGAUCUAUUUUCUCCCUGUUUACUUCCAAGGUGUUCUUGGGUCAUCGCCCGCCUACUCAGGAGUCCAGCUUCUGCCCAGCAUUCUAGCUCUGGUCCCCUUUGCAGCAAUGGGAGGGACGUUCAUGUCCAAAUUCGGCCGCUAUCGACCCACGCAUAAUGCAGGCUUUGCAUUGAUAGUCAUGGGCUUCGGCCUCUUCGACCUCCUCGACCAGAAUUCCUCCACGGGCGCCUGGGUUGGCUAUCAAAUUAUUGUUUCCGCGGGAGUAGGACUUAUUGUUUCGACUUUGCUGCCUGCGGUAAUGGCACCGCUUUCAGAAAGUGACACAGCACUUGCCACAUCCACCUGGUCCUUCUUGCGCAGUUUUGGCGGGACUUGGGGCACCGCAAUACCUGCUGCAAUAUUUAACAACCGCUUCGACGAGCUUGCGACGACGCUCAUCACAGAUCCCGUCGUUAGGGGUCAGCUUGUCAAUGGUCAAGCAUAUAGCCAUGCCACAGCUGCAUUCCUCGACACACUGUCUGCUUCCACUCGCGAGCAGUUCAUUGCAGUGUUAAAUGAAAGCCUCCGUCGGACAUGGCAGGUUGGGAUCGGGUUCGCAGCACUAGGGUUUUUGCUGGUGUUUUUGGAGAAGGAGGUUCCGCUCCGCCAGGAACUUGAAACUGAAUUCGGCAUGGAAAAGGCGAAGACCGAGAAAAAGCCCUCGAAGGAGUAG